AACGAGCAAACUUCCAUUAGACAAAUUCUUACUAAUUCAAUAAAAUUGGAAGGGAACAAAUAUAAGAGAACAAGACAUUAUCCACGUGCCAGAUAUAAACAAAUCAGACACUUUAAUUAAUUGUGCGCGUACUUGGGUGUAAAUUAAAAAGUGAUCAUAAAGAUAAAUGUACACUUUGUAUGUGUAUACCUUAAAUUAACUGAUUUGAUGAAGAAAUCUGUGCAGUAAGAGAACUCCAAUUUCUACAAUACUUUCUGUGUACUAUCUUCAGCGGCAUAGUUACAACUUUAUUGAUUUCUAUUUUGAUCAGAAUGCUAUUUACGAAUAGAUGGUUCACGGUUUGGAUUCAUCUUGGAAUUUAUUGUGGAAUGCUCGAAUGUGCCCGACCACAGUUUGAUACUUCAACGGAUAUGGGCUUAGUUCUGGUUCCAGCUGAUGCAGAAGUUAAUUCUGUUAUAUUCCGAUUGCGUGCCACAGACCAGGACGCAGAUUUUCCACUUGUUUUUGAUACUACAGCAACCAUUUCACCAAUUGUGCGCAUUGAGAAUUUACCGUGUACAUUAUACAACAAAGUAUGUCAAGCUAAUGUCAUCUUAAUUAAACGUCUGAUUCCGGGUCGCUUGCACGAUUUUGCUGUACGGGUUAAAGACGCAAAGGGCGACUCAAAUUCAAUGCAAGCAACAAUUUCGGUAACAAAUGCAACAACAUCUCGACAGAUGAUAUUUCCGCAUAUACCAUCACUUAUAAUGGUACCUGAGGACACGAAACCAGAUGUAGAACUUGACUACCUUCUAGCCAAUUCUAAUCCAUGGAGCGGUAAACCUGUUUACAUUGAAUUGUGGCAACCGAAAGACAUGUUUACGAUUAAGCAACGACAAACUCCUACGCAAACCCGAGGAAUCAUCACAUUAAUUGGUGAAUUAGAUUUUGAGACACAGUCAAUGUACACGCUCACCAUUUAUGCCACGGACCCGUAUACGCAGCCUGGGAAGGAUACAAGGAACAUUGCAGGAUUAUACAUUGCUGUAAUUGUUCAAGAUAUUCAAGAUGUACCCCCUAUUUUUACUCUUGCCCCACCAUUGACAAAGAUCAAUAACACAGUUCAACCGGGUGACGUAAUUUUGCGUGUACACGCAGAAGAUGGAGACAAAGGUGUACCACGAGAAAUCGUUUAUGGCCUUGUUUCUGAUGGGAAUCCGUUCGCUCCAUUAUUCAACAUAUCAGAAAAUACAGGUGAAAUUACUUUAGCUCGUCCUUUGGAAGAGAUUUCCCAAAUGACACACACUGGGAUCCCAAUUAUCUUAACUAUAGUUGCGGAGGAAGUGCGUCGCUCGAGUGAUGAACCCGUUGCUCAAGCAACUGUUAUCGAACUAGGAAUCUUACUGAGUGAAACAGGAAGCAAUCCACCAGUCUUCGAAAGUGACAGAUACAUGGCUUCGAUAGAUGAGAAUGCAGGGAUUGGAUCAAUAUUAACUUUUAAGGAACCAUAUAUCACGAAAGUUACUGAUGAAGAUAUCGGUAAAGCUGGAAUAUUCACUUUGAAACUGGAAAACAACAAUGGCACUUUCGAUAUAUCUCCUGCCGUUGCAGAGCGUGCGGCAAAUUUUCUGAUAACAGUACAUGACAACUCUCUCAUAGAUUAUGAGGUGCACCACUGUUUAACCUUCAAGAUAAUUGCUCAAGAAGUGGGGCCGCUAUCAAACCUUUCUACUUCAGUGCCAGCGAUCAUCAUUGUAAACGAUGUUAACGAUAAUGCACCAGAAUUUGAUACAAAAUUAUAUACGGCAACAUUGUUUGAAAAUGCCGCUCCUGGAACGAGAGUAAUUCAAAGUUUGGCAGAACCAGACGGGUGA